AUGAAAAUAGUCAAACGUAAAUAUAAUAGUAAAAGUUACACCACGGAAAAUAAGAAAGAGGAAAAUAAAGGAGACUCUUCAGGUGAUAAGAAGGAUGAAGAGGUGAAAAAGGACACUGAUUAUGAUGUUGAUAGUGGAUCAUCAGGUUCCUCUGGUUCCUCAUCUGGUGGGACAUCAUCGGUAGUAACAUCUGCACCUUCAACUAGUUCAACAAAAAGGGAAGACAAUGAAGAUUAUGAGAAUGAUGAAGACAGUAAAUCGGUUAAUGCUGCCAAACGUGAUGGCAGUGACGGCGAUGAUACCAAUGGUGAUGAAGAAAAUCUCACUGAUGACAGUGGAGAUGAAAUGGAUGAAGAAAAGACACCAAUUAGUACAACAAUGAGUCAAGAUGAUGUUAAAAUUACUCACAUGGCUGAUAGUUUAGCUUCCGUUCAGGCUAAAAUUGAACAGAUGAAAAAAAUGUCCAAUGUAACUGGAGGUGUUGAAGAUGUCCCUAUAAUCGUUGUCCUUCUUCCACCCGAGGAUGACCCAUCUCCUGAGCCAGUAGCCAAAUCUGAACAAUUAGACUUUAAAUUAAAUGAAAAACGGUUGAAGAAAAGGAAACCAAGUAAAACGAGUCAAAUUAAACUUGAAUAG